CGGGGUACAAUAAAAAGUGACUAACUACAUGGACGAUGUAUCCUAUUCACCAACACGGACGAGUGAUCUACAGUCUGUUGCUCUUAUCACAAGCUCGCGAGUGCUGAUAUCUUUGUUUCUCUUCUCCGGCACGAGAAGCGAUCAGCGCAUAUUGUUUGGAGGCGGAGAUGGAGAUGUUGCAUGUUGCUGUUGCAUUGCAGCACAGACCUGGCUUCUCCCCGGUUUUUCUUGUUUGUUGUCAUCUGAUAGGUUGUUCAAUACAUACUGACUAGCUAACAGAUAGUCUGGAUACUCUUAUAUAUCCAGAUUUAUAUGUACCUAGGAUAUCCUUCUGGCUAGCGGCUAGACGGUGUAUGGAUGUGAGGUGUAACAGUCGAACAUUCCAUUACACUCUUGGUUGGUAGCGCCGCGAUCAGAUAUGGCCAGUGCAUGGCAACCCCUCCAUAAUUUAUAUAUGAAGAGUAUUUGCAGUUAUCGUUCCCUGUUUGUUCAACACGGCUCCCAUGCUCUGCCAUGACAGUUUGUGGAAUAUGAACAUCAGUGUAGUUCCCAGAUCGUG